CGCUCCGCCAUGUACCCGGCCUGGGGCUUGUACGGGGCGGCCGGGCACUACCCGCCGCCCCCCACUUCCAUCCCGCCCCCGCCGCUGCCCAUCCCGCCCCCCAGCGUGCCGCCUCCCGCCGUGCCGCCGAUGCCGCUGCCCAGCUACCCGCCGCCGGGCCCCGCGCCCCCCGCCGCCGCGCCGCCGCCCGCCGGUUCCUCGGGGUUUUUGAGCCUGCAGGAGCAGCACCUGGCCCAGCUGCAGCAGCUCCAGCAGAUGCACCAGAAGCAGCUGCAGUCCGUGCUGCUGGGCCCGCCGCCGCCGCCCGGGCCGCCCCCUCCGGGGCUGCCGCCGCCGCCGCUGCCCGGCUCCUUCACCGACUGGCAGCAGCAGCCGCCGGUGCCGCCGGUGCCGCCGCCCGUCCGCAGCUAUCAGAAGCAGUUCGCCCACCGCGAGCCGCCGCCCCGCAAGCCGCCCGCCGCCGCCCGGGACCGGGAUGGGCAGGAGCCACUGGGCGGGCACGGCGACUGGGGCGAGCCGGUGCCCGCCGAGCCGGUGCCCAUGGACAUGGAGCUGUCCUCGCCGCCGCAGUCCCCGCAGCCCGCCGCCCAGCCUUACCUGCCCCCCGCCCAGCCCUACCUGCCGCCCCCCCAGGCCGAGCCCUACCUACCCCCCGCCCAGCCGCCCCCGACCCAGUCCCCGCCGCUCCAGCCCUACCUGCCCCGGGCGCAGCCCUCCCAGCCGCCCCCCUCCUUCUCCGAACCCCCGCCCUCCUACUUGGAGCCCCCGCCGGCCACCGCCUCACAGCCCUACCUGCCGCCUCCUGCCCAGGGAUACAUGGCACAUCCCCAGCCCUACCUGCUCUCCUCCCAGGCCUCUCCUUCCCAGUCCGCGCAGCCCGCCCUGGCCCCCUCCAUCCCUCCCCCGGCCAAACCCUCGCAGGCGCAUUUCCCACCGCCCCAGCCGUCCUUGCCCCCUCCCGCCGCUGCCCAGCCGGAGGCCGCGCAGGGUGCCUCCAAGGAGGGCGGUGGCACGGAGCAGCCAGACCCCUCCACCAUGACCCCCCAGGAACAGCAGCAAUACUGGUACCAGCAGCACCUGCUUAGCCUGCAGCAAAGGGCAAAAGCCCAUGCUCAGGGACAGCAGCAGAUGAAAAGUCCAGUACUGAAGGAUGCAUCUGAGCAGAGAGCAAAGUCUGAAGAAGGGAAAAUGGGUGCUUCAAAUCAGCAGUCUGAACCUCCUCCACUUAAUGAAUCCCUGCCUCCAGCUUCCAAAGAAGAUGAGUCUUCUCUUACAUCCACUGAAACUCAGCUCAAUAUUGAACCUCCUGAUGACCCUGAGGAAGAUUUGAGAUUGCAGCAAUUGCAAGCAGCAGCAGCUCAGUGGCAGCAGCACCCCCAUCACCGGGUUGGAUUUCAGUAUCAGAGAAUAAUGCAGAAGCAUGCUCAGCUGCAGCAGAUAGUACAGCAGUAUCAACAGGUCAUGCAGCAGCCUCCACACUUAGAGACAAUGUCAGUGGACAUGCAACUGCGGCAUUAUGAGGCACAGCAAAAACAAUUCCAGCAGCUUCAUAAAGAUUGGGAACGAUCAAUGAACCAACAGUGGCAGCAUCAGCUUCAAACCUACCCUCACAAAGAUCAGCUUCAGGAGUAUGAGAAACAGUGGAAAGCGUGGGAUGAACAGAUGAAGGUCACUCAGUCCCACCUGCAGGAGAAAGUGACCUCACUCCAAAAUCUGAAGAAUCAGUAUCCUGCAAAUGUUUCCCUGCCACCUCCAUUUAUUCCAUAUUCUCAAACUGGUCAAAGUGGCAUUCCUAUUAUGCCUCCAACUUUACCUUCAACUACACCUCCGCUGGUUCCCCCACCUCUCUCUUCUGUUUCUCAGUUGUCCAAUUCCUCUGUCCCUUCAGGAUCCAGUUCUCAAAGCAGUCAAUCUUCUGAGACACCAAGGCCAGCUCUGCUUCCCACCCCUGGUACCUAUGCAUCAAAAAUAGCUAGUUCAACUGUCUACUCACCUUAUCAUUCUCAAGCAAGUUCAUCCUUUAGCUCAUCAGACCACGGAAAGUCUCAAGUUCAUCUUAGUAAACAAGCUGUUUCAUCUGAGCAAGGAUGUGGGGAACUGAAAGGCACUUCUGCAGUGUCUUCAACACACACAUCUAUUGUGCAGGAUAAACCAGUGAGGUCAGGUGGAUUGCUUCCAGAUCCUCCUAGAUCAGCACGUUUUGAAGGCCCCAGAGGCCCUAGAUUUGAUGGAUGCCGAGGAAGAGGAUAUGACAAGUUUGAAGGCUCAAGACAGAGAGGACCUCGUUUUGACUCUCAGCGCUCAGAAGGAUACAGGUCACGUUUUGACAGGCAGAAUACAGAUGGACAGUCUUCAAGUAGAUGGGGGUCUAUCCCGCGAGGACCAGCAGGACAAUUUUAUACUUCGACAAAUGCAUCACAUGGACAUGGUUCCCGACCUAGUGGCCCACGGUGGAUGGGGCCCAGGCCUCACUUGGGACAGCAGCAGCAGCAGGCACAGACGGAGUCAGAGUCAGAAAACAAAGAACCUUUUACAGACACAACUGGUGAUCAGCAGACUGUAAGCAGAACACAGUCUACUCCCGAUACACAGACUGCAGGUCCCAUUGAGCCAAAUGAGGACCUGACAGACACUCAACAGGAACCAUCCAAACCUGAAGUCAAAGAAACUAUUUCAGACCCUCCUAAAAAGUGGACAUGGAGUUCACAUGAUCCUAACCAGCAAGUAGAAGAGUCAAAGGCACCUACUUCACCUGCUCAGAACCAGAAUACUGUAACACCUGUAACAGGAAAUGAGGAUUUGGAUUCACCAGAUGGCCAGUUGACUGCUUCAGAUAGCACCCAGGGCUUACCUGGACCAGAAAGCAGAGGGAAAGGGCCGUUUAUGCAUGAAGAUAGAGGCAAGGGACCAGUAAGCAGAGGAAGGGGCCGUGGCAGAGGGCAGGGGGAUGGCCGUGGCUGGGGAAUGGGCCGUGGCAGGGGCAUGGGAAGGAUGGAUGGUGGCCGGGGAAUGGGAAGGAUGGACAGUGGUUGGGGAAUGGGCAGGAUGGACGAUGGCUGUGGCAGAGGAUAUGUAUACAGAGGCAGAGGGCAGGCUAGGCAGGCAUCCAUCCGUGGCAGGGGAAUGUUCAGGAGAGCAGACAGCAGGGAGAGGAUGCCAGAUGGACAGUCAGGCAGCCGAGAGAGGAUGCCAGAUGGAAGGUCAGGCAGCCGAGAGAGGGGCCCGGGUGGACGGUCAGAUAGUCAUGAGAGGGUAUUCUCUAACCGAGACAGAGAACUAGCUGGACGGACAGGCAGCUGGGACAGGGGACGGGCAGGAAGCCGGGAGAGAGGCCCAGUCAGGCGGGCGUGUAGCCGGGAAAGAGAGCCCAUGCGGGGGGCAAGUAGCCGGGAAAGGGUCCCUGUCAGGCGUGCAGGUAGCCGGGAGAGAGUCCCCAUGAGGCGAGCAGGUAGCCGUGAGAGGGGCCUGGGCAGGCGGGCAGGUAGCCGUGAGAGGUGUCCUAUCAGGAGGGGAGGUAGCCAUGAGAGGGAAGCAGGAAGACCUGAAACAGGCAAUAUGGGUAAACCCCUUCACCUAGGAGAUGACCCUGAUGAAUUGCCUCCAUACCAUCGAGAUGAAACAUUCAGGGGUUCUUGGGGUCAUGAAGACGAUAGAAUGCAAGAAGAAUUUCCUUUAGAUAGUCAAGAUGACCCUUCUUUGGAGCAUGAGCAAUUGGAUGACUGGGAAAGAGAACAAUACUGGAGAGAUCACAACUCUGAUUAUCAGGAUGAUGCUGUAGAUGCAUAUGACAGAGAUGACAGGUUGCAAUCCCACCAUUCACUGCCUCCAUUGUCUCCUCUGCCACCACUACCUCCUUUAUCAUCUGAUCAUGACAGACGAGAUUCAUGGUGGGAUGACUGGAAAAGGCCAAGAGAAAGGGAACUAGAGAGAGAUCUAGAUAGAACUGGAAGAUCCUCAGAUAUUUAUGAUCAAGAUUUAGACAGAGAAUGGGAUAGAGACUGGGACAUGAGAGCUAUGCAUGACAGAGAAAUGGGUAAUUGUGACCUGGAUAUCCCUCCACUACCACCAUUACCACCUCUUCCACCUCUGGACAGGUAUCGUGAAGAUAGGUGGAGGGAGGAUAGGAACAGAGAUCAUUAUGACAGAGAUCUCCGAGACAGGGGGGAGCUUAGGAUUCGAGAGUAUCCAGAGAGAUACGACACAUGGCGAGAAAAGCAAGACUACCUUCCUGAAAGGACUGAUUGGGAGAGGGAACGGUUGUCGGAUAGGUGGUAUCCAGAUGAUGGAGAGAGACUGCGGUCUCUGGAUGACCACUCAGAUUCAUCCCUUCCUCCACCUUCACAUUCCUGUGAUAUGCUGGGAGCAGAUUCAAACCUGGACUCUGACCAGUCCUUGGGAGGAGUGAUGGUCCUUAGCCAAAGACAGCAUGAGAUAAUUCUGAAGGCUGCCCAGGAGCUCAAAAUGCUUCGAGAGCAAAAAGAACAGCUACAGAAGUUGAAGGAGUAUAAACCUGACAUUUCCACACAGGACCCUCCAAGAUCACAGAACACAAGCACAAGGCCGGGUGCCUUUCAGGUCUCUUCUCAGCUAUCUUCAGAGGCAUCAGUAGAAGCCCAAGCUAUUAAACCUUCUCCUGCUGUUAUUAUAAAGCCUCCCGUGUUGUUCAGACAGCCCACCCCUGUGACAAGACCAAGUGCCCCCCUGGCAAGGCCUACUACACCUAUGACAAGGCCACAUGCUCCAGUUUCUACUCCAACUACAACCCCAAGUCAUGGUCAGUCUUUAAAACCAUCACAUUCUGCUGUGGAACAGGAACGCUGGGAUGAGGAUUCUUUCCAUGGACUGUGGGACACAAAUGAGGAUAAAGGUGCAAAUAUGGAGUAUGAGUUACGUAAACAGGAGUCAAUGAUGCCUCCACCUGUUUCCUCGCCUGUGAAAAUACCUUCUGUCCACACCUCUGUUCCAUCAUCUGUACCAGUGUCCCUUUCUCCAGUUAUUCCACCAGUUCCUAAAGCACCUGUCAUUCAGCAAACUGUGGAUUAUGGCCACGGGCGAGAUAUAACUACCAGUAAAGUGGAACAGAUUCCAUAUGGGGAGAGGGUAACCCUUCGUCCAGAACCUCUACCGGAGAGGCAAACAUUUCAAAAAGAGCAUCCAGGUCGCUACAACAGAGAAAGAGAUCGUGAGCCUUAUUUUGAGCGUCAAGGUAAUUCCAACACAGAUCAUCGGGAUUUCAAGAGAGAGCGGGAAUUGCACAGAGACCGUGGUUCUGUGGACUAUGAACGAGAGAGAUUUGAAAAAGAGAGGCAUCCCAGAGAUGAUAGGGUUCUUCCUACUACACCUACAAGGACUCAGUCUUACCGUGACAAGAAAGACCAUCCAUCCUCCAGGCGAGGUGGUUUUGAAAGACCACCAUAUGAACGGAAGACAGAUCGCCCAGCAUAUGAUCAUGGGCCUUCCAUGUUUGGAGGUGAUCGUAGAAAUUACCCUGAGGAAAGGAUUCCUAUUUCUGCUCCAUCGAUACCCCGUCAGCCACCACCUGCUCCAAGAAUGGAAAGGAAGCCAGAAUCUAAAAAUGUAGAUGAUAUUUUAAAGCCACCAGGACGGGACAGCAGACCAGAGAGAAUUGUGAUCAUAAUGAGAGGGUUGCCUGGCAGCGGAAAGACACAUGUAGCAAAACUCAUCAGGGAUAAAGAAGUAGAGUGUGGAGGACCUGCACCAAGAGUGCUCAGCCUGGAUGACUAUUUUAUCACUGAAGUGGAGAAAGAAGAGAGAGACCCAGAUACAGGAAAAAAAGUUAAAAAGAAGGUGAUGGAGUAUGAAUAUGAAGCUGAUAUGGAAGAGACCUAUCGUACCAGCAUGUUUAAAACUUUCAAAAAGACCUUGGAUGAUGGCUUCUUUCCCUUCAUUAUCCUUGACGCUAUCAAUGAUAGAGUGCGACAUUUUGAACAGUUUUGGAGUGCUGCAAAAACCAAGGGGUUUGAGGUGUACUUAGCUGAAAUGAGUGCAGAUAACCAGACGUGUUCCAAGAGGAAUAUUCAUGGACGCAAGCUAAAGGAUAUCAGCAGGAUGUCUGAGCACUGGGAGGCAGCACCACGUCACAUGAUGCGCCUGGACAUUCGUUCUCUAUUGCAGGAUGCUGCUAUCGAAGAGGUGGAGAUGGAGGAUUUUGAUGCAAAUAUUGAAGACCAGAAAGAAGAAGUCAAGAAGGACACAGCAGAGGAGGAAGAAAGUGAACUGGGUUACAUUCCGAAAAGCAAAUGGGAGAUGGACACUUCUGAGGCAAAGCUAGACAAGCUGGAUGGUUUGCGGACUGGCACUAAAAGGAAACGUGACUGGGAAGCAAUUGCCAGCAGAAUGGAAGAUUAUUUGCAACUUCCAGAUGACUAUGAUACACGUGCUUCUGAACCUGGAAAGAAAAGGGUGCGGUGGGCAGAUCUAGAAGAAAAAAAAGAUGCCGACAGGAAAAGGGCCAUCGGUUUUGUUGUUGGACAAACAGACUGGGAGAAGAUAACAGAUGAAAGUGGUCACCUUGCUGAGAGAGCCCUCAACCGCACCAAGUAUAUAUGAAAAAGUGGUUAAGUGGAUUUUUGUGCCUUGAAGGCCAUUUGCUCUGAGGAGAAGUGAACCAGGGUGUCAUGAGCAUCUUGCAUGGGUCGUGUCACUCCCACCUUCACAGUUUUUCCUUGUUACUUUAGUUUCAGCAAUUUUCUUGAGAUACUGGCAGAGAACCAGUGCCCUCAAAAACUCAUUGAAUCCCACUGCUCCUAAGUGAGAGAGACAGUUUACUUUUUAAUAUUUUUUGAGGGGUGGGGGGGAAGGGUCAGUAGUUUUAGCUACUCUUUGUGGGAUAAAGUGGAAGGGUUAGACAGAUGUUACCUCCACUGUACCAUCACAGAAUGUUUAUCACCUUUGCUCUGUGGCUGUUCUCGUUUUAUACUGUAUGUACCUUGUAGCUUAUUGUAUUAGGAAGCAGAACAAUAAAUUUCACUAUAAACUCGGUGUUCUUGGUGGACCAUAUAGUAUGGUUUUUGUUUGACAUUUUAAAUGUGGUCUUUGUUGACGUGUUGGUAGUGCUCAGAACCAUCCUUACCUGGAAGAGGUACUGUACUCAUAUUCUGGAAUGUGUUCUGUCUUCUAGAUUUUCCAUCUGCUUUUCUUCUCAUAGACAGUUCCAUUAAGACCUCAGGUCUUGCUGGCCUUUAGAAGUUCAUGUUCCUGGAGAGCAGGAAUUAUUAUUUUUUGGAUCCUAGUUUCUCAGUUAUGUCAAAUUUUCAUUACUACGUGAGUAUAAAUGCUGUUGGGUGGCUCUGUAAUACUCAAGGUAGCAACAUAUGAAAAACUUUUCAUUAAUGCUCAAUGUGAAAACAGGUACUACAGAGUUCUCUGAAGGGGCAGCCUAGAAAAUUCAUUUUGGUGUUAGGUCUUUUAGUCAACGCUGAUCCCUUUCAGUGUAUUUCAUUCCAUUCAUAAGUUUACUGUCUCAUAGAGAAACAUCAUUAAAGGAAGCAGCAAAGACCAGAAGUUAUACCCUUCUAUUCCUUUAAUAAAUGUGUUAAACUUGCUAAAAAAAGGAUAAAGGAAUAGCAGUCCACACUAUUAAAAGUGGUACAGAUUCUUCAUAGAUGCUGGUAUAUCACUUCUGCAGAGCAUCAGGUUUGCUGAUGAAAACUUUCUUUUGUCCUCCCAGGUUUCAAAGCAAAUGCCUUGCAUUAACAAUGUUGUAACCAGACAAGAUGUGUAAAUGUGAAGAUAAUUGGUGUUUUUAUGGUGAAUUGAAUUUUUUCUCCUGAUCUUUCUGAGGGAAGGAAAUGAAGUCCUGAAUUUCCUUCUCUGCUAUUAUUUGUUGCUCUGCUGAGUGAUUACAUUGUGAUUUGCAUCUAGGUUGGUAAAUCAACUAGUUCUGGUGUGGUGGUAGUUCAUUCUGUUAAAGGAGAGCAUGGUUCUAACAGAUGGUUUUGUUUGCCAUUCUAAUGUUUUGGUUUACUGGAUGCUUCUCAGCUUUGUCUGUGGUACAUGUCUAAAAACUCUUUAUUAAAGGAGAAGAAUAGCUGAACUUGUGCUAUGCCCUGAAUAUGUUUAUUAGAAGAAAAUUGAGCUCCAUGAAUGCAGCAUUUUUAAAUGGAAGGUAUUAAAUACACAUUUUCUCUGUACAUGUACUAUUA